UUACAGGUAACAGUUGAAAGGGACCGUGACUUUUACCUGGAAAUAAGGAACGGUGGGGAAGAUGAAUCGAGGAAGAGCAACCAUGCUUUGUAUGGUUUUGGCACUCGUUGCCCUGCCGACCGUUCCAGGAUUACUUACACCGAUCCCAACACCAAAGGAAUUACAAGAGUGUUUCUUAUACAAGUCCAGUAACGUCAGCAUGUCCGAUACACCAGGCCAGUUCAUCCAAAACUACUGUUUUACCAAACUAGCCUUAAACAUGGAUGAGCCUGUCUUACAACACAACAUCACAAAAGAAGGCGUCAGGUACCUGGAGUCCCUUUUCAGACAACUGGAUGGAGAAAUUCACGAGAUUAAGAAGAACCAUGAGCAACCGAGGAGCAAACGACAGACUUUCCAAACAUGGAGAAUUCGACAGGAAGUCAGAACACUAUCAAGGGCGCAGUAUCAGAGACUCACCGGCUGUUUCAAUAGACUUAAGAAUGAUUAUUCCAUUGAUUCAAGUAUGAGUACCUACGAUUUGAUUGGUUCAUUACACUCCGGAAGAGCAGCCCGAAAUAUGCACGGUGGCCCUGGUUUCUUUCCAAGACAUGCUCUUAUGAUGUUAAUUAUGGAAACAGCCUGUCGUACCCCGAUGGCUUACUGGGAUAUGACAAUGGAUGCCGAUAUGAACGAUCCCACUAACUCCAUUCUCUGGUCUCCUCUGUUCUUUGGGAGCGGUAAUGGUGCUGUCAGAGAUGGCCCAUUUGGACACUGGAGAACAGUAAUCGGCACUCCGAUCAUCAGAAAUAUCGGAUCAGCUGGUGAAUCUUUGGCAAGAAAACAGGGAAUCCGUGCAAUGUUAAGCAGGAGGAGACUAGUUGAAAUAUCGGAGCCAGUCAGAGGACUAUCUGUCUAUUCUGUGGAGGUUCAUCAUAAUGGCGUCCACAACUGGAUAGAUGGACAUAUGGCUCGUCUUAAUACCGCUUGGUUUGAUCCUCUCUUCUACUUCAUUCAUUCAUUUUUUACGCUUAUAUGGAUAGCAUUUAAAGGUCUUCAGAGAACAAGGGGAGUAGAUCCGCAAAGGGAUUAUCCAAUGGGCCAUGGUGUGCCAAAUGGCCACGAAUUUUAUCAAAGAGCAGAUUUCAGACCCUUCCUCCGCCCCAUUUCAAACUUAGAAGCUCUGUCAGACACCUAUGAUAGAAUGGUCACCUAUAGACCAAUGCCUAGAUGUCCUAGCUGUGAUGGAAGUCCAUAUCUGAUUUGCCGAAGUCAAGUGUGCGUUUCUAGAUCUAAUGCCCCAAGGACAAGGAACUUUUUCUGGAUGUCGAGGAAAAAGCGAAGUGUCGGCCAGCAACCACAAGGCACAGUUUACGGCCCAAAACUUCCUCCAACAGCAUUAAGCCCAGUGGAAACUACAACUGGUCCACAACCUUUAACUGAUGAAAAUGUCGAUAAUAAAACAUUGAACGUUCUGCAGUCCAGUGAGACAGCCCUCUCUACUCUGAACCAGGCUUAUCAAAAUACAUUUAUUAUAGAUGGACGAGUGGAUUUAAACAAAUGGGUAUGGUUAAAUAUCAAAGUUCUUUUUGAACGUCCAAAGGGAUUCAACUUCCAUGCCACUUUUCCUGGCCAGAACGGCACCAAAGAUAUGUACGAUAUAGAGAACUUCCGGCAAAUUGCCGAGCAAAUCGGCAUCCAUAAUCAAGUCGAAUAUAAAAAGAAAUGUAGUUCCUCUGGUUCAGGUGCCGCAAAGGUUUAUGUUCAGUCAGACGGUUUGAACUAUGCUGGAAGAUACAAAGAUUAUGCUAUCGUUGAUGAAAGACAACCCAUAUAUUCAUCAGUCAGUUACAUUGCUAUUAGAAAACCAACUCCAGAAAAACCAACAAAAGUCAUUUUGACAGCCUUCGACACUUGUGGACGAUCUUGUCGGGUUGCUUGUCCUGUCGCGGGCACGAACGGAAAUGCAUACGAGUCGUGCUCAGGUAGCUUCAAGGUAACCACAGAGUAUCCGCUUAUGUACAGUUCCUCGUACGGCAGUGCCGUAUCGGCAGCAUUUAGCGUCCACUUAGAAGGCAAAGGCCCGAUGUACCGGGUUAGUAAUAACCCUAUAACAUUUGUCUGUGAUCAUCAAAAUAAGUGGCCAUGGGAGUAAAUGAAACAAUGCUAAAUCCUUAUAUCUUACAAGUAAAUUAUUUGGAAAUGGUA